AUGGUUCUUUACCGAUACUUCCGGUUAACAUCGCCCUAUCUUGUGGUGAUCGGUCUCAUCGCGGUGACGAUGCCUUGGUAUUACGAUCACACGAUGCUCGACCUUUACUCGAUGGAUUAUCAAACUUGCCGAAAAUUCUGGUGGAGGAAUAUUCUGUACAUAAAUACGUAUUUCACCAUGGAAGAACGAUGUAUGGUGUGGAGCUGGUAUUUAGCAAACGACACGAUAUUUUACAUCAUUGGAACGAUCAUCUUGAUAAUUAGUCAAAGGUUCCUCUCAGCCGCAGGUUUCAUGACCAUCUUCAUAUUGAUCGUAUCUUGGAUCACCACAGCGGUCAUCACAUUGCGUACACAACACGUGCCAAGUAUCGAAGAUCCGUUCGCCAAUUAUGAGAAUCUCUACGACAAACCGUGGUCGAGGAUCGGGCCGUAUCUUCUCAGGAUGGUCGCAGGAUGGUAUCUCUACAAGACCCGCUGUAGCUUGAAAAUUCCUAAGACAGUUGCGUUUCUCUGCUGGAUCGUCUCUUUUUUCGUCAUGUUAAGUAUAGUGUACGGAUUAUACGGGACCAAGUACGGUCCAUUCAUGUCCGCAGCGUACAUGGUGUUCUCGCAUUCCGGAUGGGCGGUCGCUGUCGGCUGGGUUCUAAUCGCCUGCACUACUGGACACGGUGGGAUUGUAAAUAAAAUACUGUCCUGGAAGUACCUGUAUCCGCUGUCCAGAUUAAGUUACUGCGUGUAUCUGGUGCAUCCCGCGAUCAUACGUGCGGUGGCCCUGAAAGGAGAAUCCUCUAUGCAUUUGACACUGGGAUUAAUGGUACCAUAA